AUGGCCAAAUCUCUGAAGGAAUGCUUUUUGAGGCCCAUAUCUAGCGAUCUUCCGGUAAUACGCAUCAAUUCUGAGCAAACAUUCGUCGGUCGCAGUGAGGAGACGAAGAUACUGGAUGUAAAUUGUUCACGAAAGCAAGUUUGUCUGAAGGCUAAUUUAGAUCCAGAAUACGUCCUGGUGAAACGGCUUGGAACUAAUUUUUCGAUUUUGAAUGGAAUGGUACUUAAAAAAGACGUCGGCUAUGAAGCGGUAGACGGAGAUGUACUUGAACUUUUGCCCGGAUUGCACAAGUACCAGAUUGAAUUCAAGUUUGAAACUGGUAGUUCUAUCGAAAAGAACUCGUCAAAUGAAACCACUGCAAAACCCCUGGAGCAAGCCAAUUCCGAUGACAAACGCGAUUCCGGCGGUAAACGAUCGCGUGAAGAAUGCUUACCAAGUAGAUCGGGAGUAUCGCAAGGGUCUUCGAAACGGUCCAAGACGCUGCAUGAAGCUUCACCAACGCUGAAUUUAGAACCAGCGAAGAAACAGCCUUCGAUACUUACCACGGAAGAUGUGUGGGAAUCGCAAGAUAAUAAACAAUUGCACAUCUACACCAGUGCUGGCGUGGUAGCGUCGGUGAAAAUUGCAUCGUAUGACAUGGACGGAACACUCAUAAAGACUAAAUCGGGUAACGUAUUCCCUAAAUCCAUCGACGAUUGGCAGAUCGCCUUUGCUGAAGUGCCGGGUAAACUAAAAUCGUUACACAAAAACGGCUACAAACUGGUCAUUUUCACGAAUCAAGCCGGUAUCGGUAACGGGAAGAUACGCAUUGAGGACUUUCGGAAGAAGAUAGAGGCGCUGGUAGGCAAACUGGGCGUUCCGAUGCAGGUUUUCAUCUCAACAGGAAUGGGAAAGUACCGCAAACCACGAACGGGUAUGUGGAAAAUGCUCUGCGAAAAUAAAAACGAUGGUUUGGUCAUCGAUAUGGCGCGCAGCUUUUACGUCGGAGAUGCCGCUGGACGGCCGGAGUUGAAAAAGCCUGUCAAACGCAAAAAAGAUCAUUCCUGCGCCGAUCGGCUCAUGGCGAUGAACGUUGGCUUGAACUUUCUGACACCUGAGCAACAUUUCCAAAAUGUUCCUGACACCAACUGGACGCGGCCGGAAUUUGAUCCGAAAGCGGUGUUCAGCUCGACGAGUAAGAACACGUUGCUCUCACCUGCAGGAGCGCAGCUCACUAAAUCACGGCAGGAAGUGAUCGUGAUGGUCGGAUAUCCAGGAUCUGGUAAAUCCCAUUUCGUGCGGACCCAUCUCUCGCCGAAAGGAUAUGCAAUUAUAAACCGAGACACGCUGGGGUCGUGGCAAAAGUGUGUCGAACAGAUGGAGACGUUCCUGAAGCAAGGCAAGAACGUCGUCGUUGAUAACAUGUGUCCGGAUGUGGACAGUCGGAAACGAUACUUGGUGGUUGCUGGUCGUAUGAAUGUUCCUAUUCGGUGUUUCGUAAUGGAUGUCGAUCAUAAGCACGCUCGUCACAAUAACGAAUUUCGGAUGAUGACGGAUCAGACCCAUGCAGUGAUACCAGAACUGGUUUUUAAUUCCUACAAGUCCAAAUUCGUAGAACCAUCUACCAGCGAAGGAUUUGUCGAAAUCGUCAAAGUGAAGUUUGUUCCGAAAUUCGAUUCAAAGAGCCAUGAGGAAUUGUAUAAAAUGUUUUUGUUAGAAAAAUAGGAUAUUUAGAUUUAAAUUAUCGCUAGUAAAGUAAAAAGUUCUGUAGAGAAAGAAAGAUAUU